GUUCAGAUGACGUAGACGAAAUUAAAAAACAUGAAAUUAGUUAUUGUCUUGAUAAAAUAAAAGGUUCGGGUGUUGUAGACGAAAUUAAGAAAUAUGAAAUUAGGUAUUGGCUUAGUAAAAUAAAGGGUUUGGAUGACGUAAACGAAAUUAAAAAUCAAAUCAGUUAUCAACUUAAUGAAACAAAAAGCUCAGAUGACGUAGAUGAAAUGAAAAAACAGAUUCACUAUUGGAAUGAUAAAAUAAAAGUUUUAAAUUACGUAGACGAAAUUAAAAAACAAAUCAGUUAUUGGCUUGAUGAAAUAAAAGGUCUGGAUAAUGUAGAUGAAAUUAAAAAACUAGUUGAUGAAAUAAAAUAUUUAGAUUGCGUAAACGGAAUUAUAAAACAAAAAAUUGAACAUCGGCUUAAUAAAGUAAAAGAUUCAGAUGACGUAUUCGAAAUUGAAGAACAUGAAAUUAUUGAUUUGCUUAACGAUGUUGACGAAAUGAAUAAGCAUUGGUACAAUAAAAUAAAAGGUUCAGAUAAUGUAGACGAAAUUAAAAAACAGGCAAUUAGUUAUUGGCAUACUAAAAUGGAAGCUUUGUUAGAUGAAAUUAGAAAACUAAUUGACAAAAUAAAAGCUUCAGAUAACAUAGAAGAAAUUAAAAAACACGAAAUUAGUUAUCUGGGUGAUGUAGAUGAAAUUAAAAAACAUGAAGUUAAAGAUUUACUUGAUAAAAUAAAAGAUUCUGAUGAUGUAGACGAAAUUAACAAACAUAUUAACAAACAUUGGAAUAAUAAAGUAAAAGAUUUAGAUGAAGACAAAAUUAACCAACAUUGGCAUAACAAAAUUAACGACUCAGAUAACGUGGGCGAAAUUAAAAAACAUGCAAUUGAAUAUUGGUAUAAUAAAAUACAAAAUGCAGACGAAAUUAAAAACCUAAUUGAUAAAAUAAAAUAUUCAGAUAGCAUAGACGAAAUUAAAAGACAUGAAAUUAUUUAUUGGUUUAAUAAAAUAGUAGGCUCAAAUGACGUAAACAAAAUUUAUUCUUGGAUAGAUAAAAUAAAUAUUUUAGAUGACGUAGACGAAAUUAAAAAACAAAUUCACUAUUGGCUUGAUAAAAUAAAACGUUUAGAUGAUGUAGAUGAAAUUAAAAAACUCAUUGAUAAGAUGCAAGAUUCGGAUAAUGCAAACAAAAUCAAAAACCAAAUUAAUUAUCUACUUGAUAAAAUAAAAG